CAAGGCGUUGUGAAAAACGAAUCACCAUGCCUAAAGUUGUGUCAAAAAGUGUUGUUUGUACUGAUACUAAAGAUCAGGAAGAGUAUCAAGGAGAAAAACCUCUUUAUGUGUAUUAUUGUAUAUGCGGGCAAAUGUGUCUUAUUCUUGACUGCCCUAUGGAGAAGUUGCCAUUAAGAAAGCGAGACCACUCGCGUGUUAUUGAUAGUGAGAAGCAUGCACACAAGUUGACCUGUGACCCAGAUGAUAUUGUCUACUUAAGAAGACCUGAAGGAAUUGAAAAGCAGUACAGACAAAAGUGUAAACGAUGUGGUCUGUGGCUGUACUACCAUCACCAAGGUAACAGCAAUGUGAUGUUUGUGGUGGAUGGAGCCAUCAAGCGUGAGACCGACGGCUUCAAGACAGAUGUGUACAGUCAGUUAGCAGCUCCCAAGAAGGUCACCCUAACAAAGCACACUAAGAAUAUGGGUAAAUUCAGCUCGGUCACAGUGUCCACGGUCGACGAAGAGGAAGAGGAAAUUGAAGCGAAAGAAAUAGCUGAUUCGUACGCAGCCAAUGCCAAGGUGAUUGAGAAGCAGCUUCUGAGGAAGGGAAUGAGCAAACGGAGACUGAUGGAACAGGCUGAAGAAGAAGCGAAGAAGAUGAGACCUAAGGGGACACUGAUAGACAAAUGAUGAGCACAAUUUUGUGUUCUGUCUUUCUGUCAUGAAGUGGUACCAGCUCUGUGCUGCCCAGUCGGCAGUGGCAGUCGUAAAGUGGUGGGGACGGACAGUAACCAGCCACCUGUCUUAUUACCGAAAUGUGUGACACACUGGCAGAGAUGAACAAGACUUAACCAUGGCAGGGUUCUGUGUUUAUUCUCAAAUCCAUAAUACAAGACAAACAGCUGGCAUGAUACUCUUAGAGAUUUAUUACAGUCUGAGUAUCACAGGGAACACUACUUCUAUAUUGUAUAACUGACACCAUGGGUUUGAAUUCAGUAUGUCAAACCCUGAAUAAUACAUCACUGUUAAACACUAUAAAUAUUGUAUAUAUUGUUGAGUAUGUUUUAAAGAAGAAGCUAGUGUUUGAUUUUACACAUUCUUAACUACGGUUAAUUAGGCUUAAAUGUUUCCACUGGCAGGUCUAAUGGCCGAGCGGUUAUGGUCCUGGACUGUCAAAUGCCAUGUAAUUGAGUGCAAUAGGUUCGAAACCUGCAAACUGACACUGUUUAUAAAUUUUCAAAAUAGGAGACUUUCGAGCACUGUCCUAAAAAGUCUCUAAUCUAGUGUGUAAAAUAUAGCAGAAAUGGAAGUUACAGAGUGUGAAGGUGAUACUUGCUACGUUUAUUGUGACGAGAGUAAUUUGAAAUAGACAACUCUAAGAUGAACAUCUCUUGUUAUGUAACAAAAUACAACAUACUGGUACAUUUUCUGUUUUGCAUAAAAUACAUUUGAUCUACUACAAACACGAGGACCACCAGAUGGACACCGGAUUUGUCAAAAUUGACAAUUGAGAUGAGAAGUUGUAAGUAAAAUUUAAAUAAAAAGUUGUAAAUAAUGUGCAAGAUAAUUAUUAAAAAAAGCAAAUGGUCAGUGACACUGUCGAGUAAUAUACUGUUGUGGUUAAUAAGUUCACGCAAUAAUUCAAGUGUUCUUGUUGGAAAAAAUGAAAAUAAAAGUAUAAAAAUGUAUGUAUUUAUGUAAAUAAAUGUACAAAAAACA